AAAAAUCUGACACAUGUCUUCGAAUUUCAUCUCCUGGGAGUGUCAGACAAUGACAGACUGCAGCCGGUCCUCUUUGGACUGUUCCUCUCCAUUUAUCUGAUGACACUACUUGGGAACUUGCUCAUCAUCCUGGCUGUCAGCUCUGAUUCCCACAUCCACACACCCAUGUACUUCUUCUUAUCCAACCUGUCCUUGACUGACAUCUGUUUCAUCUCCACCACUGUCCCAAAGAUGCUUUUGGACAUCCACACUCAUACCCGAGUCAUCUCUUAUGUGGGUUGCUUGACCCAGAUGUCUCUAUUUGUAAUUUUUGCAUGUAUGGACAGCAUGCUUCUCACUGUGAUGGCUUAUGACAGGUUUGUGGCCAUCUGUCACCCCCUGCAUUACACAGUUAUUAUGAACCCUCGUCUCUGUGGCAUCUUAGUUUUGGUAUCUUUUUCAGCCAGCCUUCUCGAAUCGCUGUUGCACAAUUUAAUAGCUUUACAGUUUAAGUGCUUCAAAGGUGUGGACAUUUCUAAUUUCUUCUGUCAUCCUUCCCAACUUUUAAAUCUAGCCUGUCCUGGUACAUUUAACAAUAAUAUAGUAAUGUAUCUUAUUGGUGUCAUACUUGGUGUUUUCCCCCUGUCAGGGAUCCUAUUUUCAUAUUGUAAAAUUGUUUCUUCUGUUCUGAGAAUUGCAUCCUCAAGUGGGAGGUAUAAAGCCUUCUCUACCUGUGGUUCUCACUUGACAGUAGUGUCUUUAUUUUAUGUAACAGGGCUUGGAGAGUAUUUUGGUUCAAUUCUAUCUCACUCUUCUGGAAAAAAUGUGUUAGCCUCAUUAAUGUACACUGUGGUCACUCCUAUGCUGAAUCCAUUCAUCUACAGUCUGAGAAACAGGGACAUCAUCAAUGCUCUAAAGAUGGCCACAAUUGGCAAAGUGUUGAAAAUAAAAAUCAUUUUUGAAGUUUGA